UUGACCAAACAGUAACGUCAAAUCGACAAACAGAGAACAUCGUCAAAACUCCAGGUAUAAUUUCCCAAUGCCGAAAAAAUUUAGCGGCCACAACUCCAAAGCGGCACUGUCAAACACAAGAAAGAAUGCAGCCAAAGAGAAAGCUGACCAAUUAAAAGAAAAGGAAUUGGAAGACGCGAAAUGGGAAAAUGUCGAUCAACAAACCACGAAGAAGUGCCGGAAGAAAGAUUUAGAAGAUCGUAAACGCCAAGACCAAUUACAACGAAGGGCCGAAGCGAAAGCUUUGCUUCUAAAGGAAACGGAUGCUAUGGAAACACGUAAACCCACGAAGAUUACCAAAGCUCAGACAUGUGCUAAAAGGGUGGUACCUGCGCAAGAAAAAAUUGCGCCACUAGAAGAGAAUUUGAACAGACUUCAAAUUUACGGUGAAGAGGCUAGAGGAAUUGAUCAAGCUCUUCGUUUGUUAGGAAGCACUGCUGGCGCCCUAGACAUGCAUCCCGAAAAAAGAUUGAAGGCUGCUUACCUGGCUUUUGAGGAGAAGAGACUCUCAGAAUUAAAGAGAGAACAUACCACCUUGAGAUUAUCUCAAUUGAAACAGAUGGUUUUUAAGGAAUGGCAAAAAUCUGAACAUAAUCCAUUAAGCGUGCAAAAAUACGAACUGGCAUUCAAUAAACACAACUAAUUCAACUGAAUGUAAAAUGUUAAAUUACUCUAAUCGAAGCUAACGAGAGGCUUUAUUGUUCGGCAAACAACCCCCAUUGUGAUUUUCGCCAAGGCCGCACCGCAAGGUAACUAAACAAUUUGUCACUUUUAUUCCGCAGCUUGUAUCGGGGGGAAUAAGAUUAAUGAUUGGUACGUGGAUCUUCGUUCUGCCGGCAAUAAACAUGUGAUAAAUGACCCAAAAACAAUG